CCGUUGUCGCUACGGAGGCCGAGACGCAAAGAAAUGUGGUCGCGGGCGGCGAGGUUGCGAUUUCGGGCUCUGCUGGACGGGAGCCGAGGCUUUGCUUCCGAAGCGGGUCCACGGGGAAAGAUCCAGGCGGCGGGGCCGGAGACCCAGGCUCCACGCCUCGUCCCGCAGGGCACCGGUCGCGUGUCCGCCGCGGUAAUCGAGCAUCUGGAGCGGCUGGCGCUGGUGAACUUCGGCAGCCGCGAGGCAGUGGACCGGCUGGAGAAAGCCGUCGCCUUUGCGGAUCAGCUGCACGCCGUGGACACCGACGGGGUGGAGCCCCUGGAGUCGGUACUGGAGGACAGAUGUCUCUACUUGAGAUCUGACAAGGUAGCAGAAGGCGGCUGUGCUGAAGAACUACUACAGAAUUCCAGUCUUGCUGUGGAGGAAUACUUCGUGGCCCCCCCAGGUAAUAUUUCUUUGCCAGACAUGGUAAACAAGAUUCCUUCUUCCACAGCAGAGUAGCUAUUCUGGGAAAGGGGCACUCUGUCAACAUGGUGGACUUACAAGGGUGGUCAUUUGCUACUGUGAAUUCUAGUAUAGACUGGUAUUUAUGAUUUCUUGGUAAUUGAUCCGAAGACAGAACUGGAAAACACCCAGCUAACAGAAAACCACAAGCCUGCUUCCAAGGAAAUCAAGCAAAUACUCAGGCCUGUUCUGUAUGGAAAACGUCUCCCUCCCUCAUCUGUCCCUAAAAAACACUAUCUUGUCAAAAAUGUGCCUAUGUGGACUUUUCUGUUUAUAUGUAAGAGACAGAUGACCUGUGUUUCUUUUUCUCUGGCUUGAGAGCCAGCCAAUCAUCUGUUUCUGGGUACCUACCUUAUUCCUACCAGAGGGCUCAGCUUAUGGACAGGUCUGAGUAGAAUCAAAGUAAACCACCGCCUGGGGACUCCUAAUUCAGAAAGCUAACCAACCCCCACCUCAUACUCGGUGUCCAUUAACACAGACCCUCUCUACACACACACACACACACACACACACACACACACACCCCUUAUGUAUACAUAAACACCCGACAACCCGCCCCCCCCCACACACACACAUACAUACAUACACACCAUGCUUCUGAACUCCAGCCAAAUGGUUCCUUUCUGAAAAGAGAACUUGUUAAAAAUAGCCCUGGCUUUUUUUUUUUUUUCAUUAUUUCUCUUCCUUUAUCUGCAAUGCCUGUGUCCCCCACACAGCUUCUUUUGUUCGUUCAGAUAGGGCCUCUCCGUACAUCCCCCACACUUUUUUUUGUUUGUUCAGAUAGGGCCUCUCUGUAAGUCAGGCUGGUCUUGAGUGCACGGCUAGCUUCAUGCUACAGCCUCCCAAGCACAAGGAUUAGAGGCAUGAACCACCUUAGUGACCUCCUGUUACAGGCUGUUUCAUCUACAAUGUCAGUUCUGAAUUGUAACAACUCUGAACUGGGUUAGAGAUCCCUCAGUGAUUAAGAGAACGUCCUAUCCCAGGUGUGGUGGUGAGUGUCUUUAAUUCCAGCACUUGGGAGGCAGAGGCAAACAGAUCCCUGAGUUCAAGGCCAGCCUGAUCUACAGAGACAGAAUUAUUCUGAGAAACCCUCUCUGAAAAAGAACAAAAAUUUAAAAAAAAAAAAAAAAAAA